AGCUGCUGCGAUUGAGGAAGCCGAAGAAGCAACGACGGCUCGGUCUUGUUUUUGUCGGCUGCCACACGCAGCUGCUGCGCUUUCAAAAUGCGCAUCGAAAAGUGUUAUUUCUGCUCGGGACCGGUGUACCCCGGGCAUGGGGUGAUGUUUGUACGGAACGACUGCAAGUCAUUCAGAUUCUGCAGAUCAAAAUGCCACAGGAACUUCAAGAAGAAGCGAAACCCAAGAAAAACCAGAUGGACCAAAGCAUUCAGAAAGGCAUCAGGAAAAGAGUUGACAGUGGAUAACUCACUGGAGUUUGAGAAACGCAGAAACAUUCCUGUUAAAUACAACAGGGUGCUUUGGGACAAGACAGUGGAAGCAAUGAAGAAGGUGGAAGAAAUAAAGCUGAAACGACAGGCAAGAUUUAUCAUGAACAGAUUAAAGAAGGGCAAAGAGUUGGAGAAAGAAGAAGCCAUCAACGAAGUCAAGAAAAAUAUUCACCUUAUCAAAGCACCGCAUGCAGGAAAAGCCAAACAAAUGGAAGACAAAAUGGUGCAGAAGUUACAGGAGGAUGUGGAAAUGGGGGAUGAUUAAACUCUCACUCAUGCUGCUCUUUUUGUGGCAUGAAAUUCCGAUUCAAGUCGACCCUACAUUAUAUUGUACUGUAGUUUGGAAUUGAAAUUUCCAAAUGGCAGAUGAUGGACACAGUAGUGCAGUUUUUAAUUGCUGUGAAAGGACUGAACGCAUUGAGCUAACAAAGAAAGGUGUUUCUCCAAGGAACCAGCCAUUGACUACGCGCCUGCCCCCUAUGAAUUUUUUUUUUUUUUUACUGUGGUAGUUGAGGCUGUAAAGCAUUUAUCUUGUUGCAUUGUAAAAUGUAUUACAACAAUAAAUUGAAAAACAUAUUGUGGAAAAUUU